CAAUUCGUAUUUGCCUCCUUGGAUGCAUCGCCGUGGAAGGCGAGGAGUUCCGGCCGCCGGAGAGGUGAGAGAUGAGCCUCUCCGCCACCUUCCGGUCCACCAAAAUCCCCCGCCGCACUCUCCCCACCAAAUCCGUCGAGGCUGUCGCCCUCUCUCCCUCCCGGGUACCGGCCGCGCCCGCCUCCGCCGCGUCCGGAGAUCCAUCGGCGGCAGCCGCCGGGAAGAGCAAGAAGAAAGAGAAGAAGGAGGAAGCGGCGGCGGCGGCGGCGUGGUGCGUCUACCUCAUCGCCUCCUCCCGGAUCCCUCGCACGUACGUCGGCGUCACCACCGACUUCCCUCGCCGGUUGAGACAACAUAAUGGCGAGUUAAAAGGUGGUGCGAAAGCAUCCUCUGCUGGAAGGCCGUGGAAUCUCGCAUGCCUUGUUGAAGGCUUCACCAACAGAAGUGAAGCAUGCGAGUUCGAAUCGAAGUGGAAGAACAUCUCCAAGAAGAUGACGCGGAAGAGCAGCAAGCCCGGGAUGAGCUCGGUGCUGCAGCACCGGGAAGCGGCGUUGGGCAAGGUGAAAACCUUUCAGGACUGCAGCCGCCUCGAUAUCAAAUGGCACUCCAGCUGAGGCUGUGUUUCUCCCGCUGUUGUAUGUACACUGUACACACAUUUAACCGUGGAAGAAAUUGCCCGCUAACUUGUGAAGUUCGUGAGGGUUCUUCACUGCAGAGGCUUCUCGACUUCCGUAGUUCAUGAUAUGUACAAAAAGGGUUCCCUUGUCUUGCAGCUCAAAUGAGCAUACAUUUACACAUUCAUCUGGUAGCAGAUUGAUGAUGAUGCCAAAUUGAGGGAACCGGUGAUUGCAAACUCUGGUUUCUUUUGUUUGGGCAUUGUGAUAAGAGUGUCCCUACAGAUAAAGUAUAUUGUAUUGUAUUGUAUUGUAUCGUAUGAUCAAUCCCUUUCUUCACAUA